CCUAGCUAGAACUAUAGCACCGAGCACGGGCUGGACAGUUCAUUCUACAAUGGAAGUUUCAGGAAGUUUGGAAGUGAGGUGGGUACAGGGGUUCACUAGCAGCGAUGUUGCAUUUCUGGAUGAAGAAACAGCCUGCUACCCUUGUGGAAAUUACAUUGUCUUCCUCAAUGUGAAGACAAAAACAAGAAAAGUGCUUCAGAGCCCUGGUCAUGGCAUCGGGGUCUUCAGUGCAAAUGGACAUUGCAGAACUCUUGCUUUUUCUGAGCAAAAACGUUUUCCAUCCAUUUUUGUGUAUAGAUACCCUGAGCUUAGCCUGAGAUGUGAUCUUAAAGGCACAGCUAAACUGGCUUACACAGCCCUUGCACUGAGUGACACUGCUCAGUAUUUAGCCAGCUGCUCAUCUUUACCUGAUUAUACCAUCACUGUAUGGAACUUGGAAACAGGGAAUUCAAUUUGCAGCAAUCGACUGGCUGAAGAGAAUGUCACAACGCUGCUUUUCAAUCCAGUGAGCUGCCAGCAAAUCUGUGCUGUGAAUCCAAAGUCACUAACACUGUGGAAUAUUGAAAGAUGCAACCAAGUCCAUAUUAUGAACCCCAGUGUUAUUGAUCUACCUGCCAUUGACGGCUCUGUAGUUGAGAAAGAGGAUGACGAUUCUUACAUCCCCACUUGGAAGCUGACAUACUCUGGCCCUCAGAUGCCCACAUCAGCUAUUCGAGUGAAGCCUCGACUCAGUCCCAGUGCCAUCUGCUGGUCAGUUUCCUCAGAUCUAUAUGUUGGGACUAAAGAAGGUUUCCUGCUGCUAGUAAACACUGAAAGUCUGUUUGUCUCUAUCCUUUACAACCCUCAUAUCAAUCAAAGUCCCUCAGAUUAUUGUGAGAGCUCAGGGAUUCAGCAAGGCAGUUUCCAGAGUUUGGCACUUGACAGUAAAGGAGUAUUUGCUACAGGACCUGAUGGUGUUUUGCGAACCCUCAGGAUUAAAGGGAACCAAGUGGAAGUGGUGGAAACUUUGACUUUAGUGGAACCAAUCUCAUGUUUGUGCUUUUCACCUGACUAUGAAACUUUGCUGCUGUCUUCAACCAGUGGACGCAUUUACAAGUACAAUCCAGGACUUACAAAUGAAGUUGACAAAGUUCUGGAUGUAUUGUGUGGAGACUUUAUUGCUGCUGCUCCAGUAUACACUGAAACAAACUUCUGUGUGUCAGUCAGAGAGUCUGGGGAGCUGCAGCUAUGGUCACUGGACAGUGGAGAUUGCAUUGCAUCUAUUUCUCUACAGACAAAAGUGAUCUGCUUGGCAUGUUGCCCAGUAGCACAGUAUGUUGCUGUAGGAGCAGUGACAGGCCAGGUCCUGUUUGUGGAUCUGACAAGGGCACAGAGACCUCGACUGGUUCACACUGUCCAGCUGUACCAUAUACCUGUAGAGCAUUUAGUUUUCGACCAAGGGGCAAAUUUUUUGAUUACAGGAGCAUUUGAUUCACGCAUAUUUUUGCUGGAUGCAAGACCAUCUAAAGCAUUUGAGAUUAUUGGAUACACUGACGCUAUGGGUGCCCCAGUGAGUCUGUCAACCCAGUACCAGGUAGAGAGCGAGCAGGUGGACAUGCUGGUGCUCUGUAAUAGUGAGAAGAAGAACAGGACAGAUAAGGAACAUAAGGAAGGGAAUCUGAUCAUGUUGCUGUCAGUGUCUACACAGCAGAUUUCAGAUACAGCAAAUCGUGUGGAUGCUCAUGGCUGCCUGCGAGAGCAAGUUAUUCAGAGCUGUGUGUAUGAGAUCCCACACUCUCUUUCCUCAUGUGUUCUGGGUACCAAAACAAUCUUUGGUUAUUGCCACCAGAAGAAAGUUCUGCAGAGAUUCCAACUACCAGAGAGUGUGGAUAAAAUGUCCAGCAACCAGAAAGCAGUUAGAAUGAGUCCAGAAAUGGAAGUAGAGGGUCAUCCUCUUGGCCCUGCAUUACUGUGUCUCUCACCUCAUCAGAGCUGGCUGGCAUCUGUUGGAAAAGAUGGGCUGAUUCGCAUCCAUGACAUCACCACUCUGGAUACCUAUGUGCAAAAGCAGUGCCACUCUUGGUGGUUGGGAGGAAUUCGGUCUAUAUCUUUCACCACUGACAGUCUGACUCUUAUCACUACUGGCCUCCGAGAUGGCUCUCUGGUCUGCAGCAGGCUCAGUUUAAAGAUGGCUGCAGCUACCCAAGAUGGCCUGUCUUUUGUGGCCAACUUUGAAGAUAAAAUGUCACAAGAGAACCCCAUCCUCAGUGACAUGGUUGACUGGGAUCCACCAUCACAGGCACCAGUAGAGGUCAGUAAUGGGAGCCAAAUAACAUAUAAUAUAACAGACAAGAAAGAGGGUUAUAACAAUCUGCCUUCUGCAUCUCCGUGCAAUUCCACAUGGCUGGAUAAUAAACUAAAUACAGUACUCACAGAGGAGAGCCAGCUGUUUGCAGAGACCGGGAGGAGUCUUAAGAAGAGUGUAGCAGAACUUCAGGAGAUAAUCCAGGCUAUGAUGCAGGAGAAUGAGAAGCUGCCAGACAUGGAGAAGCUGGAGCUGCUGGAGUUUAACCUGGACGUGGACGAGCUACAGAGACUCCAAGAACUAGGAGAGCAGGAGGUCGCCAAGGUGAGAAAGGAGAUUGAGCUGGAGAACCUGGCAAAAAGUUAUCUGCGGGACGUUCUCAAGAAAAAGUACUGGGACUCCAUGAGUGUGAAAGGGAAGGUCAUUAAGGCCUUCCACUCAGGGUGUGAAGUGGAGAACUUUCCCAUGAAUGAACGGACAGUAAAGGAACUAGAAGAGCUUUCCAGGGUAGAGGCCAUUCGAGAGAUGGAAAAGGCCGACACUAGUGCACCAUUAGAGAAAGACGAGAAGGAUAAAGGGCAUGAGGUGGAGAGCUUAGAGUUUACAGGUAGUCUGAGCGCUCAAUAUGGAGGUUCUAACCCUCACCUGUACAGCCAGUUCGAUCUGCAUACAAGAGACCAGAAGAUGAACCAGAUCAUCCUGCUACAGGAUGUUAUUUACAAAGUGAAGACAGCUUUCAAUACAGAGUUUGAGGCUGUGUACAAACAGAAGGAGCAAGAGAUCAGCCGCAUAAGAAACAGGAACAAGCGCAUUGCAGAUAUUAUGAGUAAGCUGAAGCUGCAGGAGACCCUAUGGGAGCCCACACUGUCCGACAACGAGAGACCAGAGAGAGCUCUCACUGUCUCUGACUCUGAGAACAAGGUUGAGAAAUACCUGACACCUGAGCAGAGGCAGAGAGAGGAGGAGCAGAGGAAGGAAGAGGAGCAGAAGCGGCUUGGAGAAAAGGGGGACAAUCUCAGAGAACGGGCUUUGGAUGAUAUGAUGGAUGGAAUUCUCGAGGUCAAAAAAGAGGACCUCCUGAAAAUGGAAGUGCCAGCACCAGAAUUUAUAGUUAAGCCUGAGCUCCAGUGGACAGAGGAAGAAAGAAGAAGAUACAAAGAGCAUGAGAGACAAGCAAAGGAGCUCAGGGAAGAACAAGAGAAGUAUAGAAAGACCUUGGAAGCAGAAGUGAAGAAACUGCAGGCAUCCAUUAAAGAUGCCACCCAGGCCUUUGAUGACAUACUGAUCAAGCUGUUUGAAAGGAAAGUGAAAUCAGAAAUGGCUUUAUACCAGGCAAAACUAAAGAUUGCCAAUCUGGUUCUUUCCAUAAUAACUGAGGAACAGAUGCUGGACAGAGAGGAAGAGCUGAUCUACAGACUGGAGAAGGCACAAACUGUUGAGAAUGAAAUUAGGAAGAGGUUGAAUAAUCACAGAGAGGAUGUAGAGGCCUUUCAGGAGACGUAUGAUAACACAGUCGCAGAAGAUAAACUUCUUGACAGUGGAUUUCGCAAAGAGUUUUGUGAUGUCCCUGGACACAUUGUUGACCAGCUCUACAAGCUUUACAAGCGCAGACCCAGGAUUCAGAUUAUGAGGAGACAGAUAGACAAGACAGGCUCAUUAAAGGAAUCUCCUGUGUUGAGUCAAGCAGCAACAGAAGGACUCUCUCAGAUAAUGAAGGCCAUGGAGGAGUUAGAUGCGCCACAGAACAUGCCUGAGGGUCUGGACCCAGCCGUGUGGGAGAGAUUCUGUCUGGCCAGAAGGACCAAAGUAGAGAGUGAGCAGAAGGUGAAAAUGAAGGCGUUGAUGUUAGCAGAGAUGCAAACCUUUCUGCAGAAGAGAAUAGAUGAGGAGGAGAAGGCACAAAUGGAAAUCAAGAACCUUGUUGAUGAGCUUAAUUGCCUGCGAGAAGAGAGUUCGAGGUUCUGCCUUGACGUUAUGGUACAGCUCCUGUUAAAACAGGGCCAGGUUGAGGUGGAGAAUGAAGAUUUUGCUGCAGACUACUCAGACUCUUUGUUGCUACACCGUAAUGUUGUGGAGGACCUGAACAGCACCAUCAGGGAUUUAGGAGAGCAGAAGAUUGCCAGCAUGGUGGAGUGCAAAGACCUUCAUAUAAGAAUUAUUCAGCAAGAAUGGGAGUAUAAGAGGAUGAGUAUGCAGAUUGAAGAUCUCAGAAACAAAGCCAGAGACAUUCAGAUGCUGCAUCUGUCUCAAGAAGUACAAGAGUACUUAACAGAGCCAGACCAUGACAACAGAAUGUCCAAGAAGGUAUCUACUCUGGAGAAGACAAUAGCAUUUCAAGAGAAGACUUAUACAAAGAAUGUUGAGGGUUGUAAGAAGCUGAUAAAGGAGAUGAACAGACAAGUCGAAAUGAAGAAAGAGAUCAAUGCAGCUUUAGAUCUGCAGCUGACAAGCAUGCAAAUGGAUGUUGCAGAAAGAAGAAACAUCAGUGAGACCACAGCACUGGAAGAGAAUCAAGAGCGUGAAGCUAAUCAACGCUAUCAAAACAUCCUUCUGAGAAAGAACCUUGUGGACUUGGCCAAAGCACAGGAUAUGGAAAUAGCCGUACUGAGCACUGAGCUGGAAUGCAUGCGCAUGAAGACGUUUCCUGCUCUUUCUCAAUAAAACAUAUCUGAUAGAGAACACUGAAUACCAAAUUCUGUUAUUCACUCUUCACAAUCACAUUUACAUCCAAAAGAGGAAAGGCACUUCAAAACAUGAAAUAAACAGAGUGAAAAAAUGUAGAAUAAAUCUGACAGGUUGCUCUGGUUUGUCUCUUCAGUUACAUAUAUAAUCUUAUAAACCUAAUUUGAGACAGGCUGUUACAGUGAUCACCAAUGGGGUGCUGUGAUGCUAUACAAUUUUCUUUAUUAAAGUACGACAGACUACAAUCUUUUUAGAAGGUUAUAGUUCUACUUAAUGCUGAUAAAAUAUAAAUUAUUAUCUGUCAUUACAGCAGCAUUACAACAUUACAGCAGAUAUAAAUCGUCUUUGUGGCAUACGUUGCAAUUCCACUCUAACACACUGGAAUAUCAAGAACCAAAUUUUCACAAUAUUAAAGAUUGUUAGUAUGUUGCAGCUGGGAAUAUGAGGGAUAAAACAAUGAUGUUAUAAGAAAAUAAUCAACUUCAGGGUAGUAACAACUCUCCACAAUCACACCACUCCAUCACUCAUUAAUGUCUUAUACCAGCUUAGAGUCUUAUAACAGUAUUGAUGAGAUAAGACCAACACCUAGAGAAGCUUGAAGAAAUCAGAAAUAACAACCUUUUUAACAGUAGUGGUCAAAGUACACAUCUCCUGUACUUAAG